ACUCGCAAGUCAGUUAUCGUUCGGGCAACAAAUAGUAAACACGACGCUCCGAAAAUAAAAAAAAAUUAUAAAAUUUUUGAGUGAAGAGUUUCAUUACAAAUUCAGCUAGUCUGAUAACGACUUUAAUCCGCAGUUUAAUUACUUAUUUUGUUAGUGAAGCGAUCAAGGAGAUUAGCAAUUGUGCGUCGGGAUUAAUUAGAACAAACCAGUUCACAGAAAUUUGUGAAACAAAACGCUAGCAGUUUUAAAGAGUCAUAAAAUUAAUUAUUUAGUAAACAUGCUAGAAUUAUUUGUAAACAUUUUCGUGUAAAAAAAGGCGAUCGCGUGCAAGAAAUUGAAAAGAAUCGCGGGGAUCUCUUCUUGUUGAUGUUUGUUUAGCGGCUCAAAAGGAAUCAACUAAGCUUGAAGUGAGAGAAGAAAAUUAACUUCCACCAAUUAUUGUGACAUUAACAUUUCAUAACAUAAAUGAGGAAAAACUCUGAUAUGUUGAUGACAAUUAAUGACAUUGCUUUGGAAAGUUUGUGAAAAUAAAAACUUAACUAAAUCAGCUUGAAGUGUGACUCUUGUUAGUGGAUAUUUGCGAAUUUUUUUCAUUUUCAAUUUCCGCUCAACUUUCCAUUUUCUGCUGACUUUUCAAGAACUUUGAAAGACUCAGCUUAAAAAGGCGUUUAAGAGCUCUUCAUUACAAUCCAAAUUAAAAAAAACUGAAAUUGAUAUUGGCUGAUCACCGACGCAUGUCGAAUUUCAAAAAUUCUCCAAAGUGAUUUCAACAAUACAUGACAUGACACUUCCGGAAAAUCAAGCAACUUAUUCAGAUCCGAAAUGGCCGUUGAACUUUCUCAACAUGUCAUCGAAAUUGAAGCAUGAAACUUUCUCACCAAACAUUAUAAAUAUGGCUCCUUCUUCAGCGUACGAAGAAACGCUCAAAUCUUCCGUCAUCAUUCCAACUUCGAUUUUAGAUCGAGAAUCAGAAAAAUACCACCAAAACAACAACAAUAACAAUAAUAAUAGUAAUAUAAAUAAUAACAGCAUCAGCAACAUGAGUGUUACUAAUAGUUCGUCAUCAAACAAUGUUGUCUUGAAGAUAGAAGAAGUGUCAAAUGAAAACAGUAAUUUGAUGAUCGAAGAUCGACAAAAUACUGCAACCAGCUCAUCGACCGCGUCGACAUCAACAACUUCGGAAAGAAAUGGCAACAGUAAACCACCAUACAGCUACGUGGCACUUAUAGCAAUGGCGAUUGCAAAUGCGCCGAAUAAACGUGCCACACUGAGUGAGAUUUACAAUUACAUUACCCAACGAUUUCCGUACUUUGAGAAAAACAAAAAAGGCUGGCAGAAUUCGAUCAGACAUAAUCUAAGCUUGAAUGAAUGUUUUAUAAAAAUUCCACGCGAAGGCGGCGGAGAACGGAAGGGAAAUUAUUGGACCUUAGAUCCACAAUACGAUGACAUGUUUGAGAAUGGGAACUAUCGACGUCGUCGUAGAAUGAAGCGACCUUAUCGAACUGGUUCACACUUUCAAAAGAUUUUCGGCGAUUCUUAUGGAAACUUUGGCCCACGUGGCGUCUUUCCACAACCAGCUUAUCAGACAUAUCAACCACGCUAUGAUGGAAAUCCUUGGAUGUCAAGUUCACAACUUGCUACUUACAACUCAUGCACAUCAAGAUCUGGUUAUUCAUAUUCGACGCCACUACAGCAGCCGGUGCAAUCAGUAUCACUGAUAAAUAACUCAUACAGCGGUCUUCCAAAUAGCAUAAGUGAUUAUUAUCUUCAAUCAGUUCCACAAAGCACAACAUCUCCGUCGCUUUCAUGUACAUCAGGUCCACCAAGACGAUUUGAAUCGACAUCCCACGCUAUUGGCAGUCAAUUUUAUAAUUGGGAUCCAUCACUGUCAUUACAAUCGGUUGUGAAAGAAGAAUCAGUGGCGUCUUGUGUGUCAUCAGUUCCACUGCAAAAUGUGACAUCAUCAACGCAGCAAAAUUAUCAAAAAUAUGUGCCACAACCCUAGCCGUCAGUUAAUUCACUUAACAAUCUCAUUAAACUAAAUACUCGAUCGUUUUAAUGAUGAUGAAAACUGAAAAAGACGAUUAUAAUGUCAAUUUAAAUAAGACUUAAGUAAGCUUAAGCGGAAUCUUUUUAAUUAUUUAUUGAAGUUAUGAAUGUUUAACCAACAAAUUGCCAGAAGAAAAUAACGAAAAGUUCAUGUAAAAUGUUCAUAAAAUUUUAAGUUAAGAAAUUUCAAAUUCGUGAGUUUUUAUGAUAAAAUUAAAGAAAACCUAAAAGAUUAGUGGAAAGUAAAAUUUAUUACUUAAAUAUCUAGCCGUAACUAUCUUAAUUUUUUGUUUUGUAUUUCACGAAAAAAUUGUAAAUAAUCCAUUAUAAUUAUCAAAAGAAGAAUGUUAGCCAACAUUUCAAUAAAAUUAUUUUUUUCAAAACUUGUAAAUAAAUAUUUACGAUUUUAAGUGAAAUGGACAUUGGAAAUCAAUUUUCUCAUCAUCAAAAUCCGUCCAUCUCUUAUUCAUUCUUAAAAAUGUCAACUGAAAGUAGAUAAUUUCAUUUAAAUAUUUUGAAUAUUUAGAUAGAAAGGAAAUGAAAGUGUAAAUAAUGAACAAAUAUAAAUAAAUACAAGAAAUUUUUCUGAACAAUUUGUCGCCGAGAUGUUUGUCUUAAAUUGGAGCUUUUAAUUUAAAGCCUGCUGUUAAAACUAUC